GGAGCUGGCACUUGGCAGCGCCACUCUGGGCUGGAUCCAACGUCGCUCCGGCUGCUCUUGACGACUCCACAGAUUCCCCGAAGCUAUGGCCAGCAAGGGCUUGCAGGACCUGAAGCAACAGGUGGAGGGGACCGCCCAGGAAGCCGUGUCAGCGGCCGGAGCAGCAGCUCAGCAAGUGGUGGAUCAGGCCACAGAGGCGGGGCAGAAAGCCAUGGACCAGCUGGCCAAGACCACCCAGGAAACCAUCGACAAGACUGCUAGCCAGGCCUCUGACACCUUCUCUGGGAUCGGGAAAAAAUUCGGCCUCCUGAAAUAACAGCAGGGAGACUUGGGU